UUUACCCUAAAUCCAAAGCGCCAUUUUUAUAUUUACCCUAAAUCCAAAGCGGCGUUUUUCCCUUUCGAGCACGCACAGCACAGUCAUGGACAGCGGUCUCGUGUCUCCACCUUUGCAAAUCCACCGGCCAGAGCCAAACAGGAGCAAGGCUGUUGAAUCAGAGAUUGUUGAAUCACAGGCUGUUGAAUCAGAGACUGUUGAACUUAUUGGGGGCAAGGAUGAUGAAUCGGAUACUGAUGUAUCAUUAUUUGAUGAAUCGGAUACUGAUGAAUCAGAUACUGAAAAACUUAUUGGUCGUGAAUGUGAGUAUUGUUUAAAGGUGGGUGUUCACUUUACCCAAACAUGCCCUUACAAGUAUCAUGUCCCAAAGAACGCAAUUGUUAGCAAGAGGUGUGUGGUAGUUUGUAAUUUUUGUGGUUGCCUCUUUAGAGACUCAUGUUGUGGCAGUUGUGGUAUAAGCGAUGGAUGUGCAGUUCUCAUGGAUUGUUUACAUUGUGGGAAGAUAGGUGAACACUUGACUUUUACAUGUCCGAGCCGCGAGGGGAAACCUUCUUAUUUUUUCUGUGACCCUUAUACUGGUUCUUGUCGUUUAUAUUGAAAUGGCAGAGAAUGGAGAGUUAAUGGUACUCUAAAAGUUAAAGCAAAGAUUAAAUGUUAAUUUCAAUUUCAACAAAUUUUUAGAAUUUUUAUUUUAAAUAUUUUUGAAUAAUUGUAAUCUUCGUAGACAUGUAGAGUAACUUCAUGAGUAGAUCUGGACGAGAUUGACUCCUACAUGUGGCCCUAUAUCCCUAUGUUGGAUGAGAUUGACUGUAUACAAUAAAAGAAAAAGAAAAAGGAGUGGUCUUUUAUGUCGUUUGCCAUCGA